AUGUCCACUCCAGUGAGCCCCGCGGAUGUGAAGCUGCCCCAGCGGUCUGGUACCGUGAGCAGCGCCUUCACUCGUCGUACUUCCAUGAGUGAUGAUGAGGCUAUCCCCGACACCGAUAGUAGUGAGACUACCAAUCUCCUGCUUGAGCGUCUCCGAGCCUGGAAGCAUAUGUGCGGAUAUCUAGAGGAUUAUUUCUCUGCUACUGCCAAAGUGCAAAAGUCCCAGUCCAAGGAUUAUGAGAAGAUCUUGAAGGCCGUGAACGAACCCCUCAAGGAAGGCCACCACUUCAGCUCUAGUGAGGGUGGCGUGGCUGGUAUGUUCGAAAACCUCCGCAACAACACCCAGGGCAUGGUUACUAUGUACAUGGAUGGCGAAAAGAACCUAAAGAACGCCAUUCUCCCCACCCUCGAGCGUCUCCACAAAGAGAUCAAGAACAAAUCAAAGGAGCUGAGCACUGGAGCCACCAAGGGCGCCAAAGCCGUCGAAAAGGCCCGCGGCCUAACCCAGAAGCACAUUGAGCUUCUCGGCCAGAACGCCGCUACCUACGACGCCGCCGCCUCCGGCAAGAUCGAGCAACACCACGAUCCCUACCUCCUCAAGCGCGGUAUCAACCACCGUCUAAACAACCAAGUAAACGAGGAGAACAACCACCGCCAGGAUAUCCUCGCCGUGCAGAACUCUUUCCAGCAGUUCGAAGCACACGUCCUGCAGACCAUCCAAGGCACCAUGGAGCAAUUCCACCAGCACAUGGGCGGCCAACUCGAGCGCCAGCGAGCCAUGUACGCCGACAUCCUCGGUACCGCCCAGCGCAUUCCACCAGACUUCGAAUGGAUCAACUUCUGCGUGCGCAACGACGCAGCCCUGGUAAACCCAGACUCGCCCCCACGCUCCUUCUCCAGCAUCACCUUCCCGAACAUGGAUCACCGCUCCACCCAACCGCUCAUCGAGGGAUCCCUGGAGCGUCGCUCGCGCGCCAUGAUCAAGGGCUACUCCACCGGCUACUACGUUGUCACACCGGCACGCUAUCUGCAUGAGUUCAAGGACAACGGCGACUUCCGUCGCGACCCUGCCCCGGAACUCUCGUUGUACCUCCCUGACUGCGUCGUCGGCGCCAUCGACGGCGUGAAGUUCAACGUAAAGGGCAAGGACGUCUCCAGCGGUAAAAUCGGUAACGCUUUCCACACAAACACCGAACUCAGCUUCAAGGCCCACACCCCCAAUGACGCAGAGAAAUGGUGGUCCGUUAUCAAGGAAGCUACCCGCGCCCCAGCACUGGCUGCUGCUGCGACGACCCUCGCUUCUCCCACCGCCACCUCCCCCGCUGCUACCUCGCCUGCUGGCUCUGCGAGCCCUUCCCGCAGCGUAUCCGGCCAGGCCCAGCCGCCCACCUACGCCGAGAAGGAGAUGGAGAAGACACAGGCUUCUCAGGCUACUGCUGCAUCCCCUGUUGCGGCUAGUCCUGCUGCUACUACCCCGACUGCGGGAAUUAGUCGUACGGCUAGCACGGCUAGCCACUUCCACACCUCACCCGGUGGUUCCGCUGUGGACAAGUCGUGA